AUGAAGUUCCUCCGUGCCGCCGUUGCCGGCAUCGCCAGCCUCCUGUCUGUCCAGGUCGCCGCCGGCCCCGUUGCCUCCCCGGUCGUGGGCCGCCAGGCCUCCGGUACCAUCUCAAACAAGGUCAUCUUCUCGCCGCCCUCAAACGCCGGCUGGGUUGACCCGCGCGUCCUGUACGCCCGUGCCGUCCAGCUCUCGUCCGGCGACCUGGUCGCCACUUGGGAGAACUACUCCCCCGAGCCCCCCAUCGUCUACUUUCCCAUCUUCCGCUCUCAGGACGGCGGCGCCACCUGGUCGGAGAUCGGCCGCGUCCAGGACACUGUCAACGGCUGGGGACUCCGCUACCAGCCCAUGCUCUACGAGCUCCCCGCAGCCUUCGCUGGUCUCCCGGCCGGCGCCCUUCUGCUCGUCGGCAACAGCAUCCCCACGGACCUGAGCCUGACCAAGCUCGAUGUCUACGCCAGCACCGACGGAGGCGUCACCUGGGCGUUCCAAAGCGCCGUCGCCAGCGGAGGCGAGGCCCGUCCCACCAACGGCCUGACUCCCGUCUGGGAGCCCUUCUUGCUGCUCCAUAACGACAAGCUCAUCGCCUACUACGCCGACCAGCGCGACCCCAAGUUCGGCCAGAAGCUCGCCCACGCGACGACGACCGACCUCAAGACCUGGAGCCCCGUCAUCAACGACGUCGCCGACACGACCAGCUACGAGGCCCGCCCCGGCAUGCCUGUCAUCACCAAGCUCCCCAACAACGACUUCCUCUUCGCCUUCGAGCUCUGCGGCACCGACGGCUGCCGCGUGCACUACCGCAUCACCGCCGACCCCGAGAACGUCCUCGCCGCCGCCGACGUCGCCCUCGUCUCCGACAAGGGCACCCACCCGGUCAGCUCCCCCUUCGUUGUCUGGACCCCCGUCGGCGGCGCCAACGGCACCCUCGUCCUCAGCGGCGGCAGCCAGUCCAACAUCUUUGUCAACCGCGCCCUCGGCGACCCGGGUGCCUGGGUCGAGUUCCCCGUGCCCCAGCCCAACGCCUACUCGCGGUCCCUGGCAGUCGUCGGUGACGGCAGCAAGAUCGCCAUCAUCGGCGCCGGCUGGCUGCCGCCCAGCGCCAACAACCAGGUCAGCGUCAGCGUCGUCGACCUGAAGGCCCUGCUUAAGCUGUAG